GGAGGGGUGUGAGGUGGUUAAGAUGGCGGCGCCCUGUUGAGUGCAGUUGCUUGAACGGUGGUACCUGGAGACUGCAUCGGCGGGCGGCCCAGGGACCCUGUAGGCGGAAAGAGUGACGUCCGGAAGCCCCUGUCCAUCUCAGACACGCCCCCUGCACAGCCAUCACCAUCAUGGCCAGGGAACAGCUCAGUGUGGCUGACCUGCUCCCCCUCCUCGAGACCUCUGAUCUCCAACAGCUGGAGGAGAUCAAGGGUCUCAUUAACGAGCACCUCGCUACAGAACGGGGGUCUGUGUUGCUGAAUGGUUUGGUGGAUUACUACCUGGAGACCAACUCUAGUCCAGCCUUGCACAUCCUGUGUUCAGUGAGGGAGCCACACGACAAGCACCUGUUUGAUAAGAUGAACGAGUGCAUGUAUAAGCAGGCAUGUCGGUUACCCACCCUUAACCUCCUGGGCCACGUGGUGCGCAAGCAGCCGUCCUGGAUUCACAAGAUUGCUCGCUACCCUCUCCUGCUCUCGCUGCUCAAGUGUCUCAAGACGGACACGGAUGUUGUGGUCCUCAUAACUGGAGUGUUGGUGCUUGUCACCCUGUUACCCAUGAUCCCUCAGGCUGGAAAGCAGCACCUGUAUGAGUUCUUUGAUGUUUUUGGACGGCUGGCUGCCUGGAACCUGAGGAACCCAGGGCACAUUUCUGAGGUGUUCUUGAUCCAUCUGCACGCCAGUGUGUACUCACUCUUCCACCGCCUGUACGGCAUGUACCCCUGCAACUUCAUCUCCUACCUGCGCUCACACUACAGCAUGAAGGAAAACAUGGACACGUUUGAAGAGGUGGUGAAGCCGAUGCUGGAGCACGUUCGUAUACACCCGGAAUUAGUGACUGGAACCAAAGACCACGAGCUGGACCCUACCAGGUGGAAGAGGUUCGAGAUCCACGACAUCGUGAUCGAGUGUGCUAAAGUGUCCCUGGACCCGAGAGAGGCGUCUUUUGAGGAGGGCUACGCCACCCUGCCUGAGCAUUUCUGUGCCAACUUGCACAUGCGACCUCCUGAUUGCACUGCCAGCCCCUACACGGACUUGCACAGCAGCUAUGGAAGCUCAUCCUCGAAUCAUUUCUACACUCCGCGCCAGUCUGUCCUUCCACCUCUGCCCCUGUCGUCUCUCUCGGGGACGCAGUCGGCCCAUCGGAGCCCACCCUGCACCCACCGGCCGAGUUCUACCAGUGAACUGAACUUCAGCUACGGUGGUAAGGACUCUCUUUGGAGCCCGUCCUCCUUGUGCGGGAUGGCCACCCCACCUUCCUCGAGAGGGAUGUCUCCAAACCCUGAGCUUUCUCACAGUGCCUUUCACAUGUCUGGGCGGUUUUACAGCACUCCAGGAGGUGGUAAAGGUACCCCAUGUUCUAGCACUCCAGCAACAUCCUCUCCUCCUCCCAGCCUCUCAGACGAACCAUCCACUUCCUCUUUGACCUUCAGUACACCCAGCCUCCCAUGCAAGGAUGGGAGACCCAUAGACACAAAACCUCCUUUGCUGAGGCAGGAUCAAGUAAAGGAGCUGGAGAAAUCAGCAUCAGAGGUCGCCAAUCACACAGAUGACGAGUCUAAGAACGUGUCUAUGACUCUAACCGAGCUAUCGGCCUACAUGAAGGAGCAGGAGCAGCUGCGACUGGGCAAGGAAAAGGAGGAGGCUGCUAUAACAGAGGAGCUGCUUAAGAUAACCGAAGAGAAGCGGGACCCGCCGCGGAUGUCUGGCUUCGAUUCCCCAUUUUACCACACCACAGAAACUCUUACUGGUGCCCAGGAGAAGCCCACUCCAACCUCAAGCCACCUUAAAGACCCUCACCAUGCUGUCUCCACCCCAGAUAUGAAAGACGUCCGGGCGUGGUGCAGAAAACCUGUCAGUCGCAGCGCGUCGCAGGAGCAGCCCUGGGCCUUCCAGCCACUCUUCACCCCUAAUGAAGUGCGGCACCACAGCCCUGGCGUGGAGGAUGAGUCUCUAAAGCAUGCGCUGCUCUCACCCAGCCCGGGCGCUGCACACUCGUUGCCUUACGAAGCGCUUUUCGACCUGGCGUUGCCCCGCGCCGCCUCCGUCUUCGUGAGCCGGAGAAGCCUGGAGGUGCUGGGGAGGGCGACGGGACAGGGCACGAUGGGAGGAUGGGCGGGGGAGGAUGGACCAGGAACGACGGGUGCAUCGCCGCUAGAGGUGCUGGACCGCCUGGUGCAGCAGGGCAGUGAUGCGCACGACAGGGUGCUGAAGAGAUUACCACUGCCGAGCAAGUCAGCUGACUGGACUCACUUCGGAGGUUCUGCUCCUCGGGACGAGCUGCAGACGCUGCGCAGUCAGCUGCUGCUGCUGCAUAACCAGCUGCUGUAUGAGCGAUAUAAGCGGGAGCAGCAUGCUGUACGGAACCGCCGCCUGCUGCGCCGCAUCAUCAACGCUACCGCGCUGGAGGAGCAGAACAAUGCCAUGAAGGACCAGUUGAACCUUCAGUGUGUGGAUAUCGUAUCGCUGCGUGAGAGCCUGCAGAUGGAGCAGCAGCGCUACAGACAGCUGUGGGAUGAACGGGAGGUCAUGGUGACGCGCUUACACGGCCAGAUCCGCCAGCUUCAGCACGACCGCGAUGACUACUACACCAAGUACCAAGAGUUACAGAGUAAGAUGCAGGAGUGCCAGAAGAGGAUGGGUGAGAUGGAGGCUGAACUGCAGAAAGCCAAUAACAAGGUUUGCCAUAGGGGGCACCAGGUGAACCAGCUCACCGCCAAGUUGUCGUCUUGUGAAAGCACCCAACAACAGCUGAGCUUUAUAAGUAAGCAGCUGCUGCUGUUGGGAGAAGCACAUAAACUGUGUGUACAAGAGCUUCAGCAGGCAGGACCGGAUCUCAGUCAGGAGGCGCAGAUGGUGCAGGCGUCGCUGAUGAAGGAGGUCGAGCGGCUGAAGCAGCACCUCCUGCUGCAGGGUCAGAAACUGGACGCGGCGCAGCAGAGAGUCGUCGAGAUUGAGACGCAGCUGUCCAAAAAAGACCAUCUGAUCGCAGAGCAGAAGAAGUUCCUGGAGGACGUCAAAUGCCAGGCUAAGGAGGAGCUGAAGGCCUCGGACAGUCGGUACCAGGCUCAGAGGCAGGUGACUCAGGCUCUGCAGAAGGAGCUGCUGCAGCUUUACAGCAGGCUGGAGAUGGAGACGCCCGCCGCCACCGCCGCUGCCUCACAGACAGGGGGCCCUACCGGGUGCUGCCGCUCUACACAGACCAGUACUACACUGAAGGACAGGCCGAUGAAAACACCGUCCAAAGAGCGCAGCAGGUCGUCUCCACAUCGUAACGGCACCGUCAGCCAGGCCAAGCCCGGCCCCCAGGACCGCGAGUCUGUGAACGGCAGCCGAAGCACUCCGCCACCUCCGCUGGUUGCGCCGCCGCCGCCUCCGCGCCCUUCGGUUCCCUCUUCCAGUCCCUCCCUUACUGUCGGCUCCUACCCCAGCGCCAAGAGCUUCCUGGGCAUGCGGGCACGCGAGCUCUUCCGGAACAAGAGCGAGAGUCAGUGUGACGACGACGAUGUCCAUCGCCCGCAGCUCGCCGGCCUGUCGCACGGCAUCAAGACCGAGCUGUGUGUUGAACCGUCUGUAAAGACUGCACCCAGCCCCGCCCCUGCACACAGCCACCGGCCCGGCGCGGCAUCCAAAGAGCCUGGCGAGAUACAGCGGCCGUCUAAGCGGGAAGCGAGCUGGCCCAGACAGCCACAGCUUCACAUCAUGGACUACAACGAAACUCAUCAGGAGCACAGCUAGAGAGACGUGAUGUCAGAAAGACUGGGACCCUUCACGUCAGUGUUCUCCCCCUUCACGUCAGGCGGACAACAGGAUUUUGGAGAUUUCGCACCUUUUUCUCCCUGCCAAAAUACUACAGCAAGCCUUGGAGUCUUCCUGCGCAUGAGUUUACGCUUCUCUGUUUUUGCCCCUUUCUCUUAACAUGUACGACGGAUCCAGUCUUUAGCAGGUUUUACUUCAGAGGGUUACAGUGAGGUGUGUAGAGUGCUUAUUGACAAGGUUGGAUCGGCCUUCUUGGAACAAGUAGGAGCCACAGUGGCUAUGUUUAAAUGCAGAUUUUGUUUAUUUGCACUCAGUAAUCUAAUAAAAUCCUCAGUUCCAAAUGCGUCAGAUUGAAUAGAGACCAACGGUUAGCGAUGUGAGGUGCGAAAUAUACAUUAAAUCCAUAAGUGGGAUCCCUGUUGUCAUAUAAUUGUUCUUUUCAUAUGCAAGUUGUUGUAAGGUUUUAAAGCUUCAGUAUGUAACAGAAAUCAAUAAAAUGCCAAUACUGCGGUAAAACACUAGCGCUAGCCCACUAGCUCUGACAUUUCGAGCUUGUCUGCUUGGCAGACGUACAUGCAGACAUAAUUGGUUAACGUCUGCCUGGAGCAAUUGCGGCCUCUGCUGGCUGCUCGAUGCGCCUGCACAGAGAUGGUGAAUAAUAGAGAGCAGUGUGUGACUCUCCGUACACAAUACUGAUCCCUGUGUGAACCCACUUUAUGCAGGAGUAGAAGAAGCAGUUGGCUACUGCACACGUGUCUGAGGGGGGCGUGUGUUUGGUACAGCCCUUCUUAGUCAGGUAAGGGGUCUGCAGCAGUGAAGGAGAGAUAUAACCAGGGGAAUUGGAUACGACUAGAUUCGGAGAUGAUGGUUCUUUUUAAAGCCUUUUUCCUCCUCUGUGUAUGGUCUCCCAUGCACUCAAAGGCUGUUUUAGGUCACUGAACGUUUUUAGCUUUUAAAAACUGCUGUCCACGGCGAAGAUUUUAUUAUUAUAAUUCUGCAUCUAAACAUAGCUACUGGGUUCUCAGGCUCCUAAAGCAGUAUUCAUACGUUUUAAGCUGUUUUGGUCUGUAAUGUAGCUACAAUUACCAUGAACAAUCAUUUCAACAUGUUCCCUGUACUGAGAAAAGAACGGUAGGUUGUUAGUACAGUCGCUCAGACACAGAAGCUUAGUUUAUUCAUUUGUUUCUUCUCAGUAUUAGAAAAUGUGUUGGAAUGCUUGUUUGAAUUUACAUGAAUUAUUUGGCUAAGAUUAAAAUUUACACAAUUUCCACUUACCCUAAAUGUAGUUGAUUAACAAGUUUGGCGCCCACAGUUUCAUUUGUGUUUUUGCUUGUCCGCUGGUUCUGCAUGGAUUCUGUUACUCAGAAUGAAUUGUUAGCCACAGAUGGGAUAUGUGGAUACAGACCCAGUCGUAUUUAUACUUAAGUAAGUGCAUCAUUUUACUAAUCGGCUUCAUGAAAGGGCAAAUUUUUGACAUAAUAAAAUCCAAACUAAUAACAUUUAGGCUGUGCAAGGUCACGUGGCAAAUAAAAUCCAUAAGUGGGAGCAUAAACUUGUUUCAGAUUAUCGACUACAUGCUUGGUAGAUGGAAAAUGGUGUUUCAUUUAGGGUCGAGCUGUAAGAAGCCAGUCUGAACCCCGAGUGCUUUAUGAAGUGAGGUCACGUUAGGCACGUUGCAUUGUGGGUGUGUGUGUGUUUACGAGUGCUGCGUGAGUCGAUUUUAUAUUGUUAGAGUUUUUAAAUUAUUUAUAUUUGUGUUUACAUUUUCACUAACUGAAAAGUAUUAGCUGGCGAGUCCCUUAUAAAUCAAAGCAAAUCCAUUUCCCAUCAUCAGUUAUUAAUAACAGUAUGAAACUAUGACAGCAUUUAUAUCUAACAUAUAUGGUACAUAACAUAUCAGAACUGGAGAUCUGGUCUUCAGGCUUUUUUUGCUAAUGACUUUAAUCUGUAAAGCAAGUAUUGCACUAAUCAGUAUAAUUAUAUAAAACCUUUAAAGGAACAUGCCAAAUUUUUCUUCCUGAUCUCUCAGUCUAGCACAUUUGCAUCAUAGGUGUGAUAGUAAAUAAGGUUAGCUGACUAAUAGACACACAUUUAAACAUAGCCAAUUUAUAAAGGCUUUGAUGUCCUGCUUUAAUACUGAGGCCUGAAAUGUUUAGUGCACAAUAUCGACAUAUCCACACAUGCAAGGAUUAAAUCUACAAUAACUCAUCAGUAUUAAUAGAACAAUUCCUUCAGUCAUCAGUUAUUCGGCUGAUCAUUAACAUUCCUGAUGCUCGGUUACAUGAAAUAUCACGUAUCUGAUCUUGACCAACUUUAAGGUUUCCUUUGUUUACAUGCCCGUCCAGCAUUUUCAGCCCAGGUUCCUGACCAGUUGCUUCAGUGUCCGUAAUAAAUUGCUAAUAAUUAAGUAUUAUAUUAUGAUCCUAAAUGUUAUCAGUGUUUUUAAUACACUGUUUUUCUUUGGCAGCUUUAACCACAAUGGUACUCUGUUUAACGGUCAGACUUACAGCUUUAGUUGUUACACUUUUGAGUUUUAUGAGUUUUAAAUGUAUAUGUUACAUGCAAUCCUUUCUUCAACAUGAGAAACCUUAAGGUUUGUGUUAACGUCUGAGUAAAAAUAAGAUCCCACAUCUUUUAUGGCAAGGGUGUCCAGUGUUAUCCAGAAAGGGCCGGUCUGGCUGCAGGUUUUCAUCCCAACCAAGCACCAGCGCACCUAAAUCCACCUCUUUAAUCAGUUUUUAAACACCAAAUUAGUUGUGUCUGGUUUGUAAGAACCUGCAGCCAGACCGGCACUUCCUACAUUGAAUUUAUUACAUUCGAAUGAAAUAAAGCAAGAUGUAACGUACAAAAAUCAUCAUUAUUACCUGUUAUUUAGGUUUAUUAUGUCAGGUUUAAUUCAGCAAACAGAAACUGCACAAAAAUCUCCACAAAAGAGGCAAAUUUGUUCCCUGUAGGGGAUCUGAUCACGGUUUCUUGCUUAGAACUUCUAGAUAACGUUAAAGUUGACCUGGGGGUGAAAACGUUUGUGCAGCACUUUUUUUUUCGGGUUAAAAUCCUUCCCAGAACGGUUAGUGUGUAUGAAGAGGUAACUGUGAUGAUGGCCUGAUGUAUUGAUUUGGUUCGAAGGCUUGGAUGUUGUUGGACUGUGACUGGAUCUCCAUUCACCCAUGUUUACUCGGUUUAUCGCAUUAUUAUGGACUGUUUAUGGACUGGAGAAAUCCUGUUUUCCUCUUGAUACCCUCCACCGUCCCCUUUUUGCCUUGAGCUCUUCAGCAUGUUACAACUUUUAAUGCCACAGACAGGAAGAUGGAAGACGGGCGAGAUUAGAUGUUCUCCGAGUGUGUCUCCGAGGGCUGAUGGAAGUUUAGAAGAGCAUAAGCUUGCGUUGACUGUGAAAGAUAAAAAGAAAAUCUUUAAUGUUUUGCACUAUAGAAUCUGCAUUACCUGUUUUUUAAAUAAUAAAAUGUUUUUAAAACGGA